GGGGUCGCGGGUCGAGUUGGCUAUAUAAGGGUGGUGAGUGGAGGGAGAGCGUCCGUGAUCUGAGCAAGAUUGCAGAGAGGGAAGGCGAGAGUGGAACGCCAGCGCACAAGUCUCGGGACCAUGGCCCCUGGAGUAGUGCCCAAGGCUGCUUCACUGCACUCGGGGGGUAAGUCUCAUUAUCCAGGCGGGGCUUUGUAUGUGCCAGGGAAGUGGUCAGCCCGGCCUCAGAAAGAGCCCCAGCUGGACGAGGGUGUGGCUGCAGAGAACACAGAGCUGGCUGCCAGAGGGGAAGCUUCUCUGUGCUGGAUGGAACCUUACGGCAUCGGGGCUGGUCUGCAGAACCCGGGGAACGCCUGCUACAUGAAUGCAGCCCUCCAGUGUCUGACGUACACCCCGCCACUCGCCAAUUAUCUGCUGUCUCAGGAGCACUCCCGCACCUGCCAGCGCCGUUCAGAGCUCUGCACGCUCUGUGCUCUGGAAAGUCACUUCAUUUGGGCUCUGCACAGUCCCGGCCACGUGAUCCAGCCCUGUCAGGCAUUGGCUGCUGGCUUUCACAGAAACCGCCAAGAAGAUGCUCACGAGUUUCUGAUGUUCGCGCUGGAUGCCCUCAGGGCAGCAGGCCUGCCUGGCCUCAACUGCCAGCUGGCGCCCUCUGAGGACCAGCCUCUAAGCCAUCAGCUAGCUGGAGGCCACUGGAGGUCUCGAGUCACAUGUCUCCAGUGCCAAGGCACUUCAGACACAUGGGACCCUUACCUGGACAUCGUGCUGGAUAUCCAGGCCGCCAAGAAUGUGCAGGAAGCCUUGCGGCAUUUGGUGAGCCCGGAAGAGCUGGACGGGGACAACGCCUAUGAUUGUGCUGCCUGCCUCAGGAAGACGCCUGCCUCCCGCACACUCACCUUGCACACGUGUGGGGAUGUGCUCGUCUUGGUCUUGAAACGCUUUUCUGACUUCACGCGUGACAAAAUGGCCAAGCCGGUGCACUAUCCUGACCGUUUGGACAUGAGGCCUUACCUGUCUCGGCAGAACGGGGGGCCACUGGAGUACAGGCUCUAUGCUGUCCUUGUGCACGUGGGCUUGCGUCGUGACCGAGGACAUUACCUGUGCUACGUCAAAGCUGGCGACGGCCGCUGGUAUGAGAUGGAUGACGCCAAGGUCACCGCCUGUGGCCUGGCUUCGGCCUUGAAGCAAAGUGCCUACGUGCUCUUUUACGUGCGCAAGGGUGGAUGGGACGGGGCCAAUGGGCAAGUGUCACGGGGCCAGGGAGCGCCCGCCUCUGGGCCUCGAGAGAGACACGACGCCAGGACCCCAGCAGAGCCUGCAAAGCCUUCCGACCCGGAAGCCGAACAAGGCCGGCAGCACUUGGAGCAGAGGAUGCAGGAACUCAGCUUAGAUGAGUGGAAAUCCCUGCAAGAGCAGCAGCGGCCCAAGGGCUCCUUCAACCUCAGGAGAGUGGAGCCCAGCCUGCCGAGCAAGGCAGUCCUCAUUCAUCAGGCACGACCCAGCGUGCAGCCGACCAGCCAUCCUGCGCCACACAGACGCUCCUGGCAGUGCAGCUCAGCUGGCCAGCCAACACAUCAGCUGCCCGAGAAUGCCAGCCAGCUCCCCGGGAAGUGGUCAGCCCGGCCUCAGAAAGAGCCCCAGCUGGACGAGGGUGUGGCUGCAGAGAACACAGAGCUGGCUGCCAGAGGGGAAGCUUCUCUGUGCUGGAUGGAACCUUACGGCAUCGGGGCUGGUCUGCAGAACCCGGGGAACGCCUGCUACAUGAAUGCAGCCCUCCAGUGUCUGACGUACACCCCGCCACUCGCCAAUUAUCUGCUGUCUCAGGAGCACUCCCGCACCUGCCAGCGCCGUUCAGAGCUCUGCACGCUCUGUGCUCUGGAAAGUCACUUCACUUGGGCUCUGCACAGUCCCGGCCACGUGAUCCAGCCCUGUCAGGUUGGCUUUCACAGAAACCGCCAAGAAGAUGCUCACGAGUUUCUGAUGUUUGAUGCCCUCAGGGCAGCAGGCCUGCCUGGCCUCAACUGCCAGCUGGCGCCCUCUGAGGACCAGCCUCUAAGCCAUCAGCUAGCUGGAGGCCACUGGAGGUCUCGAGUCACAUGUCUCCAGUGCCAAGGCACUUCAGACACAUGGGACCCUUACCUGGACAUCGUGCUGGAUAUCCAGGCCGCCAAGAAUGUGCAGGAAGCCUUGCGGCAUUUGGUGAGCCCGGAAGAGCUGGACGGGGACAACGCCUAUGAUUGUGCUGCGUGCCUCAGGAAGACGCCUGCCUCCCGCACACUCACCUUGCACACGUGUGGGGAUGUGCUCGUCUUGGUCUUGAAACGCUUUUCUGACUUCACGCGUGACAAAAUGGCCAAGCCGGUGCACUAUCCUGACCGUUUGGACAUGAGGCCUUACCUGUCUCGGCAGAACGGGGGGCCACUGGAGUACAGGCUCUAUGCUGUCCUUGUGCACGUGGGCUUGCGUCGUGACCGAGGACAUUACCUGUGCUACGUCAAAGCUGGCGACGGCCGCUGGUAUGAGAUGGAUGACGCGAAGGUCACCGCCCGUGGCCUGGCUUCGGCCUUGAAGCAAAGUGCCUACGUGCUCUUUUACGUGCGCAAGGGUGGAUGGGACGGGGCCAAUGGGCAAGUGUCACGGGGCCAGGGAGCGCCCGCCUCUGGGCCUCGAGAGAGACACGACGCCAGGACCCCAGCAGAGCCUGCAAAGCCUUCCGACCCGGAAGCCGAACAAGGCCGGCAGCACUUGGAGCAGAGGAUGCAGGAACUCGGCUUAGAUGAGUGGAAAUCCCUGCAAGAGCAGCAGCGGCCCAAGGGCUCCUUCAACCUCAGGAGAGUGGAGCCCAGCCUGCCGAGCAAGGCAGUCCUCAUUCAUCAGCCCAAGCUGUACCCUAACCCUAACCCUGAAGUACUGCGCAUGCUCAAUAAGACAAAUAAAUGUGGACGAUGCAUGUGCAGUGAAGGGAAGAAACUGCACCUGUGCGAAAUUCUAAACCUGCGGGAAUACCGCACUCCUCCCGGCACAAAGGCUCCUUCCAGCGGAGUGCGGAUGGGGGAUGGACACUUGCGUUCCUCCUCUUCCUGCCUUUUUCUUUCUCCUUCUGGCUAUGGCGGCCUCCAUGAGUGA